UGUGGACAACACGUUUGCACAAAAUCACAAAUUGUUCAUGAUUAAAAAUUAUCAACACAUGUAUGGGCACAGGGCAUACAUCGGGUCGCAAACUGCCGGUGCCAUUGACUACCUGUCCAACCCUUAUCACAUUUCUCACAACAUUAUGAUAAGGGCUGGACAGGUAGUCAAUGGCACCGACAGUUUGCGACCCGAUACAGCGUUUGUGUACCUGUUUUCUGGCACAACAGAUGAAGACAAUUGUUUAGUACUCAAAGUUUUUUCUGACAAAGCUGAUCCACACAUCAUCGACAUGUCAUACCCUCAAUACCCGCCACAGCAGGGAUUCCCUCAACAACAGGCCUACGGCCAGCCCUACUCUCAGGGUUACGGAACGCCGUAUGAGCAACAGUUUGCCGGACAAUAUCCGCCUGGUGGUCAACCGCCACCCGGUUUCGCGAUGCCCGCCGGCGAACAGCCGCCCAAAUACAGUGAGCCGUACGUUAAUUACAACACUGGCGGCGCCGGCGGUUCCCAUAACAUGAAUGUGACCACCAAUGAGAGCGAUGUGAACAAUUGGGCCGGUUUUACGGACAAGAAUAUACGGCGAAUGUUUGUCCAAAAGGUUUACUCGAUUCUCAGUAUUCAGCUGUUCAUCACGUUUGGCAUAACAGCGGUUGUUGUCCUCACGCCUGCCCUCAAGAAUUGGGUUCGGCAUAACAUUUGGCUCUAUUAUGUCUCAUAUGUUGUGUUUUUCUCGCUGUACAUAACGUUGAUGUGUUGCAAAGGACCCCGACGUAACUACCCGACCAACUUUAUACUACUUGGUCUAUUUACAAUUGCGCUGAGUUUUAUGGUGGCAAUGAUCUGCUCAUUUCACGACUUGACCAGCGUUUUGAUCGCCGCCGGUAUUACCGCCGUCUGCUGUACCGCCGUCUCUGUCCUCUCCUUCUGGACUAAAUUUGACUUCACUCGGUUCGGGUGGGCGUUGAGUAUCGCAUGUCUGGGACUGUUUAUAAUGGGAAUCUGUAUGAUAUUCAUCAAAGCAAAGAUCCUAUACAUUCUCUACGCGGGCAUCGGAACCGUCAUCUUUAUGCUGUUCUUGGCGUACGACACACAGCUGAUCACCGGCGGCAAGAAGUACGAGAUCAGUCCCGAAGAGUACGUCAUGGCCUCAAUCAUGCUAUACGUCGAUAUCGUCUAUAUAUUCCUAAUGAUCCUACAACUGGUCAGUUCUGGAAGAGAUUAAUCCAUCAAAAACACACGCUUUUGUACGCAAAUGCGUUAAUUCUAUGACAUUUUGUUUGUUUCUACCAUUGAUUCUGUUUAUACUUUUUUGCUGUACUUUUGAAAUUAUUAUUAUUAUUUUUAAUACUAAUUUAUGACAUUUUUUCUUACCGUAUAAUCGAUUGUACGUUAUAUUUAACUCACCUUAAUUGGAAUUUGAAUUUAGCUAAUUAAAUAUUCAAUUAAAAUUAUAAAUUAAUAACAAAA